CUCACCAAGAUCCCAGCGUUCUGCGCCAUGGCGCUCAGCACCGUCUGCGCCUUCUCGCCCGUUCCUCCCUCGUCCUUGUCUUCCAUCCGCCAGCUCUCUUCCAUCUCUCGUCAGACAUGCGCGGUGGCCGCAUCGAGGAUGCAGUCUCCUUCCGCAGGGAACGGCGAUGUCCUGGAUCGCAGAGCUAUGCUCAGGAACGGAGUUUCCACCGUGUUUGCUGCUGGCUUUGCAUCCGAUGCCUUUGCUGCUGGCAAGGGAGACUGGGCAAAGCACAGUGGACCAUUCUCCGACAGCGAGUUCGAGGGAUUUUCUCAGACUCCCUCUGGUCUCAAGUACAAGGACAUCGAGGUCGGACAGGGUCCUCAGCCCAACGCUGGUCAGAAGAUCAAGGCGCACUACUCGGGAUAUCUGCUUUCAAACGGAAAUAAGUUUGACUCCAGCUAUGACCGCGGUCAGCCCCUGCCGUUCAAUGUUGGUGUCGGCCAGGUGAUCAAGGGAUGGGACGAGGGACUCUUGUCCAUGAAGGUUGGCGGCAAGAGGAUCCUUUUGAUCCCCUCCGAGCUUGCUUACGGGAAGCGCAACGUUGCCAACGGCUUGAUUCCUCCCAACUCGGUGCUGGUCUUCUACGUCGAAUUGGUUUCUUUGGCGGCCUAAGUGCAGAGCUCCUUCAAGAAGCUGCGGAACGUGUAUCGUAAACCCCCUUGUACGCAUUCUUCAAUGCGAGAUGAAUCAAAAGAUUGAGUGAAGAACAUGACCUCU